AGGAGGAGGAGGACGGAGCAGACAUCACCCACACACACAGCAGCAGCGGCUCCACCACCAUGCACACACCCGGGCUCUCCUCCGUUUGGCUCUUCUUCUUUAUCUGGGGCUCCUCCCGGACUCUCGGCGGAAAAGUGAACAAGCACAAGCCGUGGAUUGAGACAUCUUACCAUGGCGUGAUCACGGAGAACAUGGACACUGUACUGCUGGACCCCCCUCUGGUCGCUCUAGACAAGGAUGCCCCUGUCCCCUAUGCUGGGGAGAUUUGUGCCUUUAAGAUCUACGGUCAGGAUGCUCCAUUUGAGGCGGUGGUGUUGAAUCGCACAUCAGGAGAAGGGGUCCUGAGGGUCAAUAGCCCUGUGGACUGUGAGAGCCAGAAAGAGUACACCUUCAUAAUCCAGGCAUACGAUUGUGGGGCCGGACCCAGCGGGGCCGACUGGAAGAAAUCACACAAGGCGGUGGUUCACAUCCAGGUAGAUGAUGUCAACGAGUUCUGUCCUGUGUUUCGAGAACCACUGUACAAGGCGUCAGUAACCGAAGGCAAGAUAUACGACAGCAUUCUGCAGGUGGAAGCAUGGGACCAGGACUGUUCACCACAAUACAGCCAAAUCUGCAACUAUGAAAUUGUCACUGCAGGGACACCAUUUGCCAUAGACCGCAAUGGUAACAUCAGAAACACAGAGCGUCUGAGCUACGACAAGCAGCAGAGCUACAAGAUCAUGGUGACGGCUUUCGACUGUGGUCAAAAGAGAGCAAAGGAGGACGUGGCUGUGCAUAUUGAUGUCAAGCCUGUCUGCAAACCUGGAUGGCAAGGUUGGAACAAGAGGGUGGACUAUGAACCGGGGACUGGAAGCAAGCAGCUGUUCCCCAAGAUGCGCUUGGAAACCUGCGGUGGUCCCCUGUCCGGCGUGAGGGCGAUGGUGGAGCUGCAGACCAAUCACAUCGGGAAGGGCUGUGACCGAGAAACCUACUCUGAAAAGUCUCUCCAAAAGCUCUGCGGUGCAGCAUCUGGCAGCACCGACCUCCUUCCUGCCCCCAGCCCUUCCACAAACUGGACAGCCUCUCUGCUGACUGACAGUGGGCGAGACAGUGACCUCAUCUACAGAUUUGACGGACGUCAGGCUGCCAAUGUUCCAGAUCACGUGGUGCCCCAAAACCUAACAGACCAGUUCACCAUAGCAACGUGGAUGAAACACGGGCCCAGUCCGGGACUCAGAGCGGAGAAGGAAACCUUACUGUGUAACUCUGACAAGACAGAGAUGAACCGCCACCACUACUCUCUGUAUGUACACAACUGCCGACUGGUUCUCCUGCUCAGAAGAGACUUCACUCAGGUGGACACCUUCAGACCUGCCGAGUUCCACUGGAAACUGGAACAAAUUUGCGACAAGGAAUGGCAUUAUUAUGUUAUCAACGUGGAGUUUCCUGCGGUGACACUAUUUGUGGAUGGUGUGACCUACGAACCCUACUUGGUGACGGAUGACUGGCCGAUCCAUGCCUCAAAGAUUGAUACACAGCUGACUGUGGGUGCCUGCUGGCAAGGUGGAGAGGUAGCCACCCCCAGGUUCACUCAGUUUUUCCAUGGCAGCCUGUCAGGUCUGACGAUCCGACCAGGCCGGAUUGAAACCCAGAAGGUUAUCUCGUGUUUGCAGGCCUGUAAAGAAGGACUUGAUAUCAACUCCCUCGAGAGCCUGGCUAAGGACAUAAAGUUCCAUUUCAACCCUGCCCAGUCUGUGCUGGUUGUGGAAGGAGAGGAUGUGGACAGCAUCAACACAGCCAUGACCAAGGUCUCCUACAUCAACUCUCGCCAGUUCCCCACCGCAGGCCUCCGGCGGCUGCACAUCACCACCACAGUGCAGUGUUUCGGGGAGGACACGUGUCUCUCCAUCCCGGACGUCAAGGCAGUGGUUAUGGUGCUGCCGCCCAGUGAACCGAGAAUCACAAUUACAGGAUCUGCUCGACUCGUCAGGCCUGCCGCUGACCUGCAGGGCCCGCUGGGUGUGGCCCCCUUCAAGGAGCUUCACAUCACCAGCACCGUAAUGAAGGGAGGCAGCUUCGGUGGAUUCCAUAGGCCGGGUGUGAAGGAGGUGAUGCACAACCUGGACUACUGUGACAUCCUGGUCAUUGGAGAGGAACUGAGCCCCGAGAGAGAGAGUCUGGAGAUUCAUCACAGCGCUUUGUUGGGAAAACAUCUGGACGCCACCAACUCCACCUCUGGAAUUUCAAUAUAUGGUGUGGACUCCAUGGCUCACUAUGAGCAGGCGCUGAGGCAGGUCCGCUACAGGAACUGGCGACCUGCCACUCUGACUGAGCGCAGGUUCAGACUCACCUGCUCCGAACUCAACGGGCGUUACACCAGCAACGAGUUCAACUUGGAGGUCGGAGUUCUCCACCACUCAGCGCCUGUGGAACAUGUCAAUCAUAUGGCAGCCCAGCCCCAGUACAUGAGACCUGUCCAUCACCCACUCAUGAUACACACUCCAAACUCACACAUGUCAGGAGCAGCGCCACCAGCAGCCACAGCAGUGAUCGUGGUUUGCAUCGCCGCCCUGGUUGUGAUUGUGGUGAUUGGUGUGUACAGGAUCCACGCCACACAUCAGGAGGGGUCCAGAGAGGACGAGGACGAGGUCAAGGACCCCGAGGGGGACUGGGACAAGUCUGCCCUAAACAUCACCGUCAACCCCAUGGAGAACGUGAGAGGAGCACAAGCUGUGGACAAGGAGGUAAAAGAAGAGAAGCAGGUGGAGGAAGAGGAGGAGGAGGAGGACGAAGAACAAGGAUUGACGAGUGCUGAGUCAGACAACAGUGACGAAGAUGAAGAGGAGGACGAGGAAGAGAGAGAGGAGAUGAAGCAGAGGGGAAGACUUGAGUGGGACAGUUCCUCCAUAAAAUACUGAUCACACAGAAACACAAACACACAUAAAUAUAAACCUACAUAUACACAACAAUCUCUGCCAGUGUGUCGCUCCCAAGUUGUAAUUUUUAAUGAAACAUUACCCUCUGCUGGACAAAGUCAGAAGUACAGAAUCAGCUGCUGCCUCUCAGCGUCUGUAUGCACAUGAAUUAAGAUUCACAUCACAGUCAGUGAGGCAGAACAAAAUACAUCGAACAAGCACAGCCCUUUCAUUAUGUGUGCAGAAUUAGUCUGAGUUUCACUGACAACACUGAACCUCACACUCGUAAAUGAUCAAGAGUGAAAUCUGAAAAAUGGUGGAUGAUUCGAGCUUUCAAGUCCACAUUUAAUAUUUGCAGUUACGCGUGUCCUCAGAUACGUUUUGUAUUGGUUCCUCUCUAAAGAGAUUGUCUGCAAGACGGCGAGUUAUUAACAGAUUAAACAGCGAGAUGUUUCCCCGUACAUAUCCAUUGAUAAAUGUAUUCAUUAAACCUUUUUAAUAGAAUUCCUUCAGCCUAUUUAGUAGAUAUAAAAUAGCUGUAUUGUCACUAAGUGUAUAACCUCUGUUCUCAGCGUUAACUCGACAUCUGUAACACUUUUCUGUCUCUAACGUGUGUGUGAUCAGUGCUGAGUUUCACCCAACGCAUCACAGUGCUGUGGUUCUGUGGCCUGGAGACAAGAGAGAAAUCUGCAUCUUUUACAUUAAUACUCCGCAUUAAUCCCGAUUUUACACACAAGUCAAAGAUGAAUUAUUGUCUGUUUAACAUAUAUUUAAAUUUCAAAAUCAUUACUUUUCCGUCUGCUCAGAGCCGGUGGACAAAGUUGUUUGUGGUUGAACUCCUCUCAGAACCGGGCUGAUGUCGUUAAGAGCCUGUUCUCUUUUUCCUGAUCCACUUCGGUGGCCUCGUGUAGGGGGAGAUCGGUUCUCUUUCUUUUGCAGCAGAUGAAAUUUGUUACUAUUUACUAUCGAAAUCCACUUCAUGUCUUGGUUUAAUUCCAUUCAAACAAAGCCUUCUAUGCAGUUAAAGAUCCAGUAAAACCAGUUCACAGACACUGAAAGUCCAACCAUUUAGACUUUUAGAGAAUCAGUGCCUGACUUGACCUUUGUUGCCCAGUAUGGGUCAAUCUCAAAAAUAUGCCUGAUCUUACACUACCCAUAAUGCAUCUCAGUUGGACAUCCCUGCAGCUUAAAACCUCAGUACAGUGCAGACCUGUAGCAGAGCUGAGGCGAUGUGGCUUCUUGAUGUGACAUGGCAAAGUUCCUCUUCUUAUCUUGGAUGGAUUUUCAAACCACCACCCACAUACCCAAAUAUUACACAGGCCCUUCAACCACGCAGCAUACGUCACUUUGAGAUUAUAUUUAUUUAUUUUUUACAUGUUAAGGCAACAGUAAGUGUCAUAAUGUUUUAACACAAUGAAAAUGUAAAAUAAAAGGAUUUAAUUUCAUUAACCAAACAUUCAAAAUAAUUAUAAUCAUACAACAUUUCAUCAAAUAUAUAAAGAAGGUAGAAAUACUUAAAACUUUAAGUGUAAAUUGCCUAAUAAUAAAUCUUACAGCCAAGGGACUCCAUUGGCUCGGGAUGGCUUCUCAUGUGUCCAUCAGAGUCAGGACAGUUUCCUGGACAAAACCAAACGACAAACUGUAAACAUCUACAAUCUGCAUAUUUCCAACCAAUUAGUGCAGACUACAUCGUGACCCCACAAAUUCAGAGCUUUCUUUUCCUCUUUUGGCCACUGAUAUGCAGAUAUCAGAUUGUUACUGUGGAGACAUCUGAGGGGGGGGUAAUGUUUUAUGUUUGAAGGAGUCCGUCUUUACUUUUGUGAAAUGUCUAAUAAAGAAUAAACGCAGAUCAAAGUUUAGUCGGAUGUUUUCGACAGAGUGUGAAUCGGAGGAACUUUGCUAAAUGUUGCUGGAGAAGAGAAGCAGAGUGAUUGGUGGUUUUACUGGCGUCCUCAGUCCUGCACAACUUUCCCAGAACCAUGAGCAGAUAUUCCACUGAUACUGAUUUCAUCUUGUACCAUUUAUCAUAACAGAUUUAAUCCCAUGAGUUUGUCCUCAUCCAAAUGAUUGGAAAGUUCUUUCCUCUCCAUGCUGGUAUCGUCCCUCUGAGCUCUCUCUCUCUCUCUCUCUCUCUCUCUCUCUCUCUCUCAAACUGGUUUGUUUCCUCCCUCCCUCUGUUGGCCUUUGAGAACCUGUGGUUGUGAUGUCAUCAUUGUGAAACAACUGCCUUGCUCCCUUUGUCAUAUUGUGCUUCUGAAAGAUUAAAGAGAAAAAAAAAGAAGAUUCUUUUACAUAUAAAAACAAACCCUGUAAAAAUGUUCAAGACAGUUAUUUUAUAUAUCCGUUUCUUUUUCGUUUUGUAAACAAAACGGUUGGGAUCUCUCUCUCUCUUUAGUGGUCAUCCCACUGCUUUCUGUAUAUUGACCAAUAAAGACUUG